AUGUCCUCUCAACGUUCCCAAGCCAUCACUCUCCGCGUUUGGUGCCCAUCUCUAAAUCCGAUACGAGCCAUGAAUCAAGGGCUACUGAUGCGUAUAAACAAAUUCGCUGGGAACGAGCAAUGUAUCCGUACAAUCAAGCUUCUCUUCAAGAUCCCGUUGGCCUUCGUCCACGAUAAGCAAGGCCAUUUCAUAGAUGACUUCAGUCUCCUCGAUGACAAUGACAUGGUUGUCGUCACGACAGGCUACUUUGAGUCACCUAUCAAUAUGUGGACAAGGGAGUUGCAACAGGGCCCUCAGACGGAUGCGUGGAUGGCACUCACACGUCCUCAGCGACGCGCCUACAUGCAGAACCUACCUUGUAGAUGCUGUAAGGGUAAUCACACAAAGACGACCCUUACUCUUCCUAUCCAUGUCAUCCGCUCCUCCAUAUCCGAGAUCCUCGCUUCAGGACUCUCCAUCUUGAGCCCUAUGCCUGCUUCCACCGCCGAAGCUACUCAUGCUAGGGUGAUCGAGGAAUCCUGGGGUCAGACUAUCAACGAUUUCAUGGGAACCAUAGGGCUCAUGAGACCAGAGGUUGCAAUGAAGUCCUGGCACCCAGCCUUGAUGGCGACUCUAGCAUUAUUAGCCGAUGCGACUACAGGGCAAGUCCAAACGGUUCAGGAGGCGACUAUGCGCGUCAUUGGGCGUAGGAGUCGGGCGUCAGGAAGCAUAGUUGUGAGUACAACAGAUUUACGUAGAGUCAUUGAAGAGAUUACGAAGGGCGAGGUGUAUUUCGAAGAUGAUGAGGAGAAAGAAGAGCAGCGCAGAAACACUGGGGAUGUUAGAGAUGGGUAUGACGAGUAUGGCCAUCUUGAUUUGUCUGAUUUUGACUGGUGCGGUAUUUGA